AUGAUCGGCACAUCUAGACGGCCAAUCAAAACAAAUAACUGUUGCUCUGACGUGAGACGCGUCGGUAACCCCGUCAAAUUUUUAAGUUGUUUACUGCCUCCUCCUCAAUGCUCUACAUUUGACAUGGAAUCAGAAACCUUUUUAGAUGAAUGCAUUUUAUCGACUGCUCUUAAAUUAAAAAACUUCUACAUCGAUGACGAUGCGGAAGAAGAAUUGGAGAACGAAAUCUUUGAAACGGAGCCUCAAAAGCGAUCAAAAGCUCAGACAAAGGCUUUACGUAAAAGGAGAGAAAGUGCAGCAAUAUUCAACCGACUCAGCGAAGAUACCUCGGCCAAUUUUUUGAAUGAUAAUAUUGAUUUUGCGCGAACAUUUUUUUUUGACGAUGGCAUCGAUUAUGAUCUAACAAAUGCUUCAACGGAAACUGCGAAGAAUAAUACAGACAUCGAUAAAACUCCCAACCUAAGGAAAAAUGAAUCAACAGCGAACGUUCAAAAAUUGUAUGAAGCUCUUCGAUUGCCUCGAAAUGCUGCCGAUGAAACCAUAUUGUCGGAAAAUAAAACAAACUCACAUGAAGCUUGUAACAAUAAUAAGUCAGUGAACACUUCCAAUUCCAAUGAACAUCGACCAUUAUAUGAAGUCACAAACAAAGUCAAUUAUGAUAAAAGUAACACGUUAAGUAACAGAUCAAUUCAAGAUGAAACAUCAUAUGUAAACACGGCAACAGAACAAUUACAGAACGCGAUGAAUUCUCUUGCUCAUUUCAAGGAAAUUGUUUCGAAAUUUAACGUGCCUUCACAAUUGCAAAUGAAUGCGUCGUGCUCUACCCCAACCCCGAAGAUGGAACAUAAGAAAGCGCGCACAUCAAAUUUAAGACAACCAACUUUCUCUUCGCGCUUGAAACCACCCGUUCAAAGACGCUUAACUUCUACGGAAACGGUUCGCCACACGACGAAUAAUUACUCGGAGGAUAAUAAAUAUGCAUCCAACCUAUCUAAUUCGAAACUUUUACGCACACCUUCUGCUAGACCAAAAAAAUGA